AUGGAUAAUAUCCAUCAAUAUCAGCUUACCAAACAACAACAACAACAACAUAUUAAUCAACAACAACCACAUAUAGUACAACAUCAAUAUGACAGUUCAAUUGAGAAAAGUUUUAUUUGCUCAUCACACAAUAAGACGUUGAAGUUUGUUUGUGUCGAUUGUGAUCAUCGUUUAAUAUGCUCGAAAUGUGCACUAGAACAUUGUAAUCACCAAUUUAAAGCUGUCGGUCAUCUACCUAGUUAUAAUGGUAGUAGUAAUAGUAGAAUGAGAACAAAUGAAUUAUCACCACAACAACAACAACAACAACAACAACCACCAUCGCCAAAGCAACAACAACAACAAUCACCAACCAAUAGUAACAAUAACACCAGUGGUAUUAGACGUAUAGAUGUCAAAGCUACAGUGGAUUCAUUUACCAGUGCCGUUAUCAGUAAUAAUUGGAGUAAGAUCAUUAAUAGAUACAGAGGUGAUCAACCUGAGACUGCUGAGACUACUACUACCAGCACUAGCAGCAGCACCACUGCUGACGAGCAUCAACAGAAACCAACAAGCACAUCACACUUAAAUAACCAAGCAUUUAAGAAUUCAAUAACCAUUAGACCAAAUAAUACUGAACAUAAUAUUCCGAAUGUAGAUAGCUAUGCCAAAUCCAAAUAUUUCAAUACCAAUACCACCGCCACUGUGCAGCAACAACAACAACAACAACAGAAACAAACAACAACAACAACUUCAUCAUAUUCAAUGUAUUCUACAAAUUACAGUAACAAUAAUAAUGGUAUUACUAUACCUAAUCAAGUCUAUAGUAACAAAAGUAUUAAUAAUCAUCCAAAUAUUAUCAAUGUAAACAAUAAUAAUAACAACAACAAUAACAACAAUAAUACCAAAAACAACAAUAAUAAUAAUUAUAAAAUUAAUGAUGUAUAUAAUAACAAUUAUAGUAAUAGUAAUAGUUUUAAUUAUAAUAAUAGUAAUAGUAGAAUGCAAAUUGACAGUCAUCAUGCUCAUGAUCAGGGUCAUAAUGUAGACUUUAGUGGUCAUGGUGGUCAUCUAGGUUAUUAUGAUCAUCUUAGUGACGAUACAAAGGAUGGCAGAAAGAGAUAUAGAGAUGACUAUAGUGACAACGAUAAUGAUUGGCUUUAUUCAGGUGGAGAUGGUGAGGAAAUCGCAGAAGUACAUAUUGGUGAUCUUUUGCCUGACAGUAUCAUUGAUGUCAAUAGUUAUAAUAAGAAUAACAAUAAUAAUAAUAGUUUUAAUAAUAAUGACAAAUCGACAACUACACAUAGUUCACUAUCACCAUCACCAUCUUCUUCUCUUACACCAAUACUCACAUCGACACCAGCAUCAUCGACGGCAACAUCGACAACUACAACUACAAUGACUGCAACAAAAGAAAAACCUAGUAAAACACAAACACCAAAGAAAUUGAAGGAGAAGCAUGAUAAGCUGUCAGUCAUCGAUAGCACUACAGUUACGCCGAGCAAGAAAGAGAAAAAAGAGAAAGAUAAAGACAAAAGUAAGCCUCUCGAGUUUAUUAAAUCAAAGUAUGACGCCGAACCUAGAAAAGUCUACUUUUCGAUUCUCAAGACAUUCAAAGAGCUCAAACUACGAGUUUGUCGCGAGUGUAAGCACUACCUAAGGAAGGACUACGAUACCAACGAAAUGGGUGUUUCCGAUGACGAUGUCAUAAAACCUGAAAACAACAAAAACAAAACAAACAACAGAAACAACAACAUCAAUAAAGAUAAACAAAUAACACCACCAUCUGUUGAUGGUGUAACAAUGGGAGUUGCUGCUAUAACCAAAGAAGAUAAACAACAACAACAACAACAACAACAACAACAACAGCAACAACAACAACAAGAGAAAACAAAGCCUGAACUUAUGGAGAUCGAUCCGGAUUCACCUGUUCAAAAUGGUGUUGAAAUCGAUCAACAGCAUCAGCAUCAUCACCAACCUUCGUCAAAGGAUCAUUAUCAUCUUGGUGGUGUUACUAUUGUUGCUGCCGGUUCUUCUUCUUCUUCUUCUUCCUCUGAACAACUGGCCAACGACAACGAGCAGACGGUCACCAAUACCGAACGGGAAUGUGCAUUGUGUUGUAUCGUACAAGUCGUUGGCCAACAGCAAAGUUGGACAGUCGUGUCCCGAGAUUUGCAAGGUGCUCAAGAAGAUCAUCACGAAAUCAACGAUAUGGCCACACCGUUUGCUAAAGAGCAACGACAGGCGAAUCCUGCUGACCUACGGCAUUAG